GGUUGGCAUGGGCUUUGCAGUCAUGAUAACCAGUGCAUAUUGCAGAGAUAUCACCUGCUUCUGCUAGAGGCUUGCUUACCUCUUUCCUAGAGAUUUUCAUAAAUGUAGGAGUCUUGCUCGGCUAUGUCACCAAUUAUGCAUUUUCUGGUCUUUCGGUCCACAUAAACUGGAGGAUAAUGCUAGCUAUGGGGAAUUUGCCUUCAGUCUUCAUAGCAUUUGCACUAUUCAUCAUCCCUGAGUCACCAAGGUAGCUGGUGAUGCAAAACCGAGUAGAAGAAGCAAGAUUAGUGUUGCUAAAAACAAUUGAAAAUGACGCAGAUGUGGAAGAAAGACUAAUGGAAAUACAACAAGCAGCUAGAAUUAGUGAUGUUGAUAAGUAUGAUGAAAAAUCUGUGCUGCGUGAAAUGUUAAUUCCUUCUGCUUCUGUUAGACGGAUGCUAUUUGUUGGACUUGGAAUCCAGGUUUUCCAACAGACAACGGGAAUAGAUACAAUUGUGUAUUAUAGCCCUGAAAGUUUCAAGAAUGCUGGGAUUGAGAGCAACUCUAAACUUCUUGCUAUAACUGUUGCCGUGGCCCCUGCUCUACGCAGGCACAAUUGGAAUGACCAUUUGUUUAUCAACUCUAGGCUUUACUCUUUACUAGGAAAAGGGCGGCUUGUGAUUGCAUUGGCAGUUCUACGUGUUUGUGCGUGUCUAGCAUUCUUUUCUCUGGGACUAGGGCCUAUUUGUUCGAUUUUGACAUCAGAAGUUUUUCCCUUGAGGUUGCGAGCUCAAGCGUAUGCUCUCGCAGCAGUGGUUAAUAGACUGUGCAGUGGCUUUGUUACCAUGUCUUUCCUCUCCCUUGCACAAGCACUUACAGUUGGCGGAACAUUCUUCAUCUUUGCAGCACUGUCAGCUCUAUCUGUUCUCUUUGUUCACACCCUUGUUCCAGAGACUAGAGGAAAAUCAUAGGAGCAAGUUGUGUUCCUAUUCCAAAAUCAACCUCACCGUCAUGGAAGCAAAAUGGAAAUGGGAGAUUCUGAGCAUCUAAUUCAGAAAGCAUGAGAAAGUGUUGCUUAGGAAAGUCUCUUUGACCAACAAAAAAAAAAAAAAAGGGGGGGGGAGGGGUUCCAUUUCCUGGUAUAUGUUUUGAAAUUAAAGAAUUCCAUGUUAU